CUAUCUCAAAGAUUAUAUUAAUAAUAAUUUAAGUGUGAUACUACAAUUCAAUAACAACAGGCAAAAAAUUAUUUAGUUUUUUAAAAUAAAUAAAUAAAUAAAAAAAAAAUGUUACUUUAUCACAUAUUUUUCUACAUUAUACUGUCGCCUCUUGUUUAUUCUUUCCUGUUACGUGAAACCUUGACACAUGAUAAAAUUGUAUAUCCAAUAGAAAAAAGAAUUAAUAAACGAUCAACGGAAAAAAUAAUUACUAUACCAUAUGAUAAUGGAAAAAAUAUUGAUCUUUAUUUACAACCAGCUGAUUCAACUUUAAUUGGAACUCAUACAAUGGUUUGGAUGACAAAAUCAGAUAAAAAUUCACCAAAUGGUUAUCGUUAUCAUCUUAUUCCAAAUGCAAUAAAAAAUCUAAAAGACUUUUAUGUUGACGAUAAAAAUAAUGCAACUGUUUAUUUGACAACAGACGAGGAUGGUAAUUUAAUUAUGCAAGGCACAAUUGGCGAUGAAAUUACAAUACAACCAUUACCAGAUGAUGAUCCGAGAAAUAGAAAAUUAUCAACUAAUUAUUAUGAUUCAUCAAUGAAAAUGCGACCUCAUAUUAUCAAUGCAUGGAGUUAUAGUGAAAAAAAUAAUAUGAAAAAAAUUAAAUUAUAUAAAAAAGAAAAAUCACUAGAGAAGAAAGAUGAGAAUUUAUAUACAAAUACCAAGAAUUCAAAAAUUUCAACUGUUUAUCCUGAAUUAUUAAUUUACAUUGAUGAAACCCUAUUUAUAAAAUUUGACAAAGACAUUCAACGCACUUUAAAAUAUAUAAUAACAACAUAUUAUGGAGUUGAUUUACGAUAUAGAGAUUUUCAACAUCCUAAAAUUCGUUUUCGAAUUAAUGGAAUUGUCAUCGUUAAUAAUGCGAUAUCAGACAUGUUACCAGGCGUUGAAACAAAUGGAACAAGACCAGAAAAACUUUUAGAAGAGUUUUCAUUUCAUUUAGGAAAAAUGAAUAGAAAAUUUAGAUUCACAAAAAAUUAUGAUAUAGCUGUAUUUAUGACUGGAUCAAUAAUGAUUCAAUCCAAUGGAAUACAAGUUUAUGGUCGUGCAUAUGUUGGUCAAGCGUGUAAAAAAACUAUUGAAGACUGGAAAGAAAUGAUAAAAGCUACUGCUAUUGUGGCGGACAAUGGUGCAUAUAGUGGAAUUCAUGUAGCAACACAUGAAUUAGGUCACGUAUUUGGUGCAAAUCACCUUAACGGAGACAAUUCAGAAUGUGCAUUGGGUGAAAAUGGUGACAUAAUGUCUUAUUACGGUCAAUUCAUAAACAGAAUAAAAUUUUCACCUUGCAGCCGAAGAGUAAUAUCAAAAUUUUUAAGAUCAGAGAAUGCAAAAUGUCUUCGUAAUAAUCCAUUGGAAAAUGAACCUAUGACAGUACCAUUACCCGGCAGAUUUAUGACAAUGGAUGAACAAUGUUUAAGAGAAGCUGGAACCAAAGCUUGUUAUCAUAGAAUUCAUAAUGAUACAAGAAGGUGCAUAAAACUUAUUUGCAAUGGUCGUCCUGGAUUUGAACAUGAUUGUGAUGAACUUUUUUUUCCACCAGCUGAAGGCACUAUUUGUGGAAAAAAUAAAGCUUGCAUAAAAGGACAAUGCAUUCGCUAUUUUGAUAGUUCAAACGCAAUUUUAGAAGUAGAGGUUUAAUAUAAAGGAAUAAUUAAAUGUUUUUUUUUAUUAAUUAAUUAUUUAAAUUAUUUUUUUUAACAUAUUAUAUGUAUAAAUAAAUAUAUAUAAAUAGACUUUAAACAAUUUAUAGAAACAAAAUUUGUAUAAAAAUGUUUAUAUGUAAUAUAAUAAAAUAUAUAAAUCUA